AUGAUAUAGUUCUAAAUAAACUAAAAAAUUGACUUUGAAGUGGCUUAUGAGUAUGAAUUCGCAUACAUUUAAAAUCCAUCAAUCUCAACAUUUGUCUCUGGAUUCAGAAUUCUUGUCACUGAUUCUUUUGGAAAUACUCUCUAUGACACUACUGUGAACUCGGCUGCUGUUUUCAUUUAGCCAGGAGAAAUAACCAAUCAAAAUUUAGAGGAUUCUAGCUAAAAAGUCAGUGAUAUAGCGACAUUUACAUUCAAAUUUUAAAUAACUAAUUCAAUUCCAGGAGAUGGUCUCUUCUAAAUCACUUUCCCCUUAAAUGAGAUAGAUGUUCCAACAAAUGUUCAGGGUUCAGACACAAGAAUAAAAAUAUAUGAUGGUGCUUGGCAAUCAGGUAACAUUAUAGCAAGCACGAGAUCCAUAAUUUUUCAAAGUGCUCUAGGAGGAACUACUCUAAAACCUGAUUCUUCUAAAUACAUUCAAAUUGAAGUUAGCAAGAUAUUAAAUCCUAAAUCAUUAAAGGAGACUUCGAGUUUCUAGGUAGCAUCAAUGGAUGCAUCUUAUAAUAAAAUUGACUAAGCUUCUUCUCUGAUGACAGUUAAACCAUCUAUUCCAGGGGAUAUAUAAAUCUUUAGUGUUGGCCCACAAACUAAUCCCUAAGUAGGACAAACUACUGACAUAAAUUUUAACAUUUAGCUAGCUUAACAAUAUGAGCAAGGAGGAUAUUUAAUCAUAACUUUCCCUCCAGAAGUUACUAUCAAGACUCUUUAAUGCUUCCCAUUUAUUGGAUUCGUAACUUAGGACUCAAACUGCGCUUUGAUCAGCAACUCCCCUUAAACUGUAAAGCUCCUCAAUGCAGUUUCUUCAACCAGACUAUUUUUCCUAAUAAGUUCAAUUUAAAAUCCAUCAAGUACCAAAACAUCGAGUACCUUUCAAAUUUAAGCUUAUGAUGCCUCCAACUACCUUAUGAGUCAAAUCUUAUCCGGUGUUAGUUAUACUUCAACUCCAGCCUAGUUAAAGUCAGGUACCUCUCUUAGAUCUUAAACUAAAAUCAAUACCUUAACAGGAAACACUCAAACUCUUACUUUCACCUUAACCAAUCCUCUAAUAAGUGGUGAUUUGAUAUUUGUCAAAGUACCUUAUGAUCAAAUGCUAGUAGAUUCUGCAUCCUUCAGUUGCUAAAUUACUUUAGGCAGUUAAGUGACGUCUCCACUCUGUAAUCUUGAUGCAACAACUAAUACUACAUAUUUUCUGGUUACACUUACAAGUCCUUGUUCAUCUGGUUGUUCAGCUAAUUCUAUAUUUUAGUUAGCUCUUAGUGGUGUUAGAAAUCCUUUAUGGAUAGUAAGUCCUCUUACUAAAUCAAUAGAAAUCUACACAAUGACUUCAGAUUAAUUAUACAUAAGAGAUAGAAGAAUUACUAAUAUAUUUACCACUCCAGCAUUAAUAGAAGGAAGCUUAACUGGGAUAAGCUUGACAAGAUAUGGAAAGAUCGUCAACUCUGCAACAGAAAUUCAAGUUUAUUUUACGACUAAUAACCUAAUACCAGCCAAUGGAUUAAUCAGAAUUUAUCUCCCUUCAAAUUCAUUUUAUAAUCCAAGCUCUGGUUCUAUCUUAUGCUAGGAUCUCUUAAAUAGCAACUAAUCCUUAACCUGCAACACAGUGUUAAACACAGAUACAGCUACUGGAAUAAACUACAUUUAAGUAUCCAGUAAAUGCACUUCCAGCUGCCUAGCUAGUAUCCAGAUUGGAAUUAGAGUGUCAAACCUUAAGAAUCGUGCUUCAGUGAGAUCCAUUUCAAAUGUAUUUGCAGUAAGGACAUUUACUAUAGAGGGCUAUUACAUAGACUUAGGAAAUCUUACUUCUGCAUAAGGAUUAGAACUAUACACUGCACCAUUUUAAAAUCUAUUGAUAACUUCUCCCUUGAGUUAAAUAGUGACAGGUACAACAUAGUCCUAUGUUUUCAAAAUUACUCCAACCUAUGGAAUAUCUCAAAAUACUGGUCAACUAAUCUUAACCUUUCCUUCUGAGAUAAAACUAGUAGCUACUAAUUCUUAAUGCUCUGUAACUGUAGCCUCUAUAUUAUUAACUUGCUCAAUAAAUCUUUAGAAGCAAGAAAUUACCAUUACCAAUAGCAAUUCUUAGAAUUUGGCUGGAUAAUAAAUAACUUUAACUUUGAAUAAUGGAGUUUAAAACCCAAUUAAUACCAAAGCAACGAGCAAAUUUAUUGUCAAAACUACGCUUUACGAUUCAUUGAGCCAGGCCUAUAACCAAGUAGAAUAUAAUGAUGAUAUACUAUCUGUGACUGCUGAUACUCCUAAUUCUCUGAAUAAUAUCUAAGCAACCAGAUCAAAUACUUAGAUCAAUUAGCAGACUGAUCUUAAAAUUUCAUUCACAAGUACAAAUCCUAUUCCAGCUAAUUCCGUAAUAAUAAUAAGCAUCCCAGUUGAUCAAAUCUUAUUCAAAGAUAGUCCUUAAUUUACCCUUGAAGAUGCUUCAACUUCUUCAGCUUUAGUUUAAACCAGUUUUAAUAAUCAAUAUUCAACUUCUAAGUAUGCUAAAAUAUCAAUAAUACAAUGGUGUUCAACCACUACUGCUUAAUGUCCUGCUGCUACUGAACUAAAGAUCAACAUCAAAAAUGUUUUCAAUCCAGGAUCUACUAAACUAGCUUCUCUAAGUAUCCAAGUAGUCAUUGAAUAAGAGGGGUAAUAUUUCUCAGAUGUAAUGCUCAGUAACAUAUUCACCACUCCGUUACUAAGUAAUGGACCAUUUAAGAGUCUAUCAUUUUCUCAAUCAAGUAUCAAUGUGGGAGAAACAACAUCAUUCACAGUUAAUGCUAGAAUUAAUAAUCCUAUUCCAUCAGGAUAGAAUGGAACUCUCACUCUUAUAUUUCCCAGUGGUUUAUUUUAUCAAGUAAAGGAUACUCCAAUAUAUUGCCUUUCAGCAUCAUAAGGUUUGCAUUUUGAAGUUGUAACUACUACUUUGAUUCUUGAUACAGCCAUUGCUUCAAUUCAAAUCAGUAUGAACUGCUUAAAUCAGGACUGUUAAUCCAACAGUCUCAGAGACUUUACAAUAUUCAAUUUAAGAAAUAGAUAUUCAUCAGCAACUUAAGAGGGCUCUAUAUAGCUCUAGUCUUCUGAUUAAGAUGAUUUAACAUACGAUGCGUAAUCAGUGUCUUUUAGUGCAACUAAUCUCAGGCAAAAUCUAUAUCCCUCUUAAUCUGGUAUAAUUAUUAAUGCUACAAGAUCCAACAAUACUGUUUCUUAAUUCACUGAUCUAACAGUCUACAUUUAAAGCUCAGUGCCUCUAAAGAAAGGAUCAUAAAUUCAAUUCUUCCUACCAAAAGAAUAAUUUACCUAUACCUCAGAGCCAAACUGCUACAAUACUAAAACUAAUACAGAUUUGAAUUGCUAAUUUUUCUCAGUCCUCGAAGAUUAGGAAUACUUUGGGUUCUAAGUCUCAGAAUUUUGCGAUUCAUAGACAAAAUGCGAAGAAAAUAUAGCUUUAGGAUUUAAAAUUUCCCAGCUAAAAAAUAGAUAUAACACUUAGGUAUCAACUAAAGCUUAUAAACUUAGCAUAUUUGGCCCUGAUUAGUUUGUUAUUGAGUUCAAUGGAAAUACACUAUUGCCAUUUAAUAACUUGCUUGUAACUUAGGCUGUUGUUUUUGAUAAUCUUAGCAUAACAAAUCCAAAAGUUGGUGAAUUAACUGAUUUAGAGAUAUAAGGGAGAUUAUAAAACUAGGCUCUUGUCGGAGAUGCUAUUAAACUUUGCUUUUCAACUCCAAUAAUUUAUGAUUCAUAGCUUCCAAAUUAAACUUGUAGUCUAACUUCAACUAAGGGUAUAUAGAAUGGUGCGUGUGACUUAGACAUAGAUAUUAAUGACUAAGGAAUACUAUGCCUGAAAUUUAUCUCUACUAAUGAUAUUGCAGCUGAUGAAAUAAUAACUAUCUAGAUUUCAAAUGCUAAAAAUCUUUAUGAAGCUACAUAGUAUCAGUCGACAAUAUCAUUAAAUGCCUAAACCUCAAGUUAAGCACUGAUUUCUAGCGGUUAACUAGCAUAUAUAAAGAGUUUAUUAUAGGCUAAUAAUUUCAUAAGUGUGACUUCAGCGAGGGAUAAUAAUAAUUUAUCUUAAGAUGCUAAGAUUGAUAUCACCUAUCAGACUAGUAUUGAUGUUCUACUAAAUAGUGAAAUUAAAAUUUCUAUUCCAUAGAGUCAAUUCACCUACACCAUUGGAAAUUCUAUAAAUUGCUUCUAAGAAUCAGUAUCAAUUCAAUGUGGAAAUAUCUAAUCUGAUGGUGAUUAUACUAAUGUAACAAUUCAAAGCAUUUGCCAAGCUCAAAAGUGCUCAGGUUAUCAAGCAUAUACAUUUUCUUUGACUGGCUUCUAAAAUCCAUCAUAAGUUUAACCUGUAUAAUAAACGAUAAUAAUGAGCAUAUCAAGUUCAAGUAAAAAUAGGAUAAUAGACCAAAUAGGGAUAGAAGUACUUGCUUAACCACCAAUAAAACUUGGAGAGCUUGUAAAUCUCAAGGUUACUCAAAGUGAGACUUUAGUAGUUGGAGAGAUUACUAACUACUAAAUAAAUUUUGAGUUUCCAAAUACCAUAACUUCAAGUGAUCAGCUAUUCAUAUCUUUCCCAGAGAAGACUGUUUCAUUUUCGAAUCUCAAGUGCCAAGAACUCAAUUCUGGAAGUUAUUUGACAUGUUCUUAAUCAUAAGCCUAAGAUGGAUACCUGACAAUAAUAAGUAUAUCUAAUUACUGCUUGGUCUCUUAAUGCUUAAAGACUGUGUAGCAAUCUGUAAAGAUUACCGGCUUGAAGAAUGUGAUAUUUUAGAGACCACGUAAUUAAUAAAUUAAAGUGAUGGCUAUUACUGCCUCUGGGUUCGUAAUAAGCACAGGAAUAUUCGAAGAAAACUUACUGCCUACGUUUAUCAUAAAAAAUAUUACUACAAUGAAGGUAGUCAGAGAAUCUACUGAGCCAGGUAAUGAUAAUGUUGAUCUCAAAUUGUCCUUCACUACCUUAAACUUGAUUCCUCAAGGCUCAAUCUUAACCUAUACUUUGCCACUUGAUUAGUAAGAAUUUAAAAAUCCAUUGCUCCUCACUUGCUUAAAUGGGUAAACUAUCCUAACAUGUACUGUCAUUGCAUAGGAUUAGAAGAAUAUUAAGCUUUAACUCACUGAAUGGUGCAGUGGGGAUUGCUAGAUUGGCCAAACAUUAACUCUCACUAUUAAAAGGACUAAGAAUCCUGAUUAGAUAUCUAAUCAAAAUACUACCUAUGGUAUUUAAAUUAAGACAUCUGACAAUUUUGGGUUGCAGGAAGUGACUAAUGGUGUUUACAUUUCUCCAUAGCUAGUAGGACUUCCUCUAGAUAAUAUUCUCAUUGCUCGAGAGUAGAAUUUUGUUGGAGCUAUUGACUACCUAAAAGUCAUUUUACUUAUCCCCAAUCUCAUCCAAACUUCAACUUCUCUGGUCGUGCAAAUGCCAGAAAGUGUAGCAAUUAGCAAUCAGAAUAUCACUGAAUGCUAGAUUUUAAGAGGCUCUUGGAUAAACAUUGAAUGUUAUUACUAAAAUUAUAACAAAACUCAGCUAUUCAAUCAGCUGCCUAUAAAUUAAGUGACAAUGACAGGAAUAUGCACAUCAGUCAAUCCUUGCUUAAGGAAUUAAAACCAGAUCAUCAGAUUUAGAAUUAAAAAUCCAAGUACUCAGCUAUCAUUAGUUUAAAGUGAUUUCAACAUUUCACUGAAAUAAGGACAAUUAGACAUUGCAUUUAAGAAAGUUCCAAACGCAUUAAUAGGCAUGCUUCCAAACAAUAUCACUGCAUUAGUGUCGAAGGUUCAAUUGGCUGCUAAUGAAGUAGAUUGCUACAAAACAGGUGAAUCUUGCAAGAUAUAACUGACUAUACAAACAGCUAACCCUGUGCCAUCUAUGUAGAAUCAUACAAGUUAGUUAUAAAUAAGACUACCCAGUCAAUUCAAGCAUUAGAGUACUUCUGCAUGUGAAGCCAAGAUCUUUAAUUAUUAUGGAGCUUGUAGGUUUGUGAAUUCUACAGACAUAUAAGUCAGACAUAGUUUCUAAAUCCCUGAGGCUGCUGCCAAUAACUUCAAGUUCAACUACACAAUCACUAUUAUCAAUAUCAAGAAUCCAUUCUCCACUGAGUAGACUGACAGUUUCACUAUCUCUACUUACAUUUAAUCAGGAGCCAAAUUAUAUUCGAUAGAUACAAUGAAAAGUAACUUGACAUACAGAAUUGAAUAGCCAAAUAAGUUUAGUUAAGUGUCUGUAAUCAGGAAUAAUAGUACUCCUGGAAAGUCAACUUAAGUUCAGCUUAAAUUUAAGCUAUUUAAUACAAUUCCUUAAAAUGGAGAGAUUGUUUUCAAGAUACCUCAAUCUCAAGCAAUUAUGAGCAGUGAUCAACAAAUAGUAGCUUACAAGGGAAAUACCUUCAAUUAAAACAAUGCCUUGACUUUACUUGUUAUUGAUGACAGCACUUUCAGAAUUACUAACCUUUGCAUCAGUUCUACUACUGGUUGCGCUGAGAGUUCUGAGUAAAUUAUAACAUUCUUAUAAAGCGUAUUCAUCAAUCCUGAAUACUUUAAAGAUCCAUAGGACAGUAUCGCCAUUCAAUCCCAGUAUGUCUCCUCAAAAGAUGGCGAAGUUUAUCACAUAGAUAAGAUCGAUGAAGAUAUAUUCGUUACUCCUUUACUGAUCCUCCCAGAGAUUAUCAUUUCUGAUUUCUCAAUAAGUUCAUACAAUACCUCUGAUUUCGUACAACUUAAGUUUGUAGCAUCUCUCAAAAGCUAAGACUAGACAUUCUCCAAGUAAUAUAUAAGACUCAGAUUUGAUGAUUAAAGUCUAAAUAGUGAUCUCUAUACUAAUCUUUAAGUUCAAAUCAAUGCUUAAGCAGCCAAUAUUAUUGAGAUAAACAGAGAGUCAAAUGAUCUGAUUAACUACAUCAUAGUAGAAUGCAGCUAGUCUACUUGCUUGUCAUAAAAUUCAAUUUAAAUUCAGAUAGAUAACCUUAAGAAUCCUUACUUCAUUUUCGUUUCAACUGACUUAAUGAAGAAUCAUAAUUACAAGAUCUAUGUUCAAGAGGUAUAUCAACUCCCAGAUAAGAUAUACAGCAGUGGCUAUACUACAAUGAAUACUACGAUUUCUAAAGUUUCACUAGCAAAAAUUUAAAAUCCUAGAUUAUAUCAAUCUAAUACCAGUCCAGGAAUUGGAUCCUAGUUAUAAAUAUCCUUUGAGUUAUACAAUUCACCUUAUAUUGAUUCAAAUACUAACAUCAGCAUUUAGCUUCCAAUUAAUUAUACUGUUACUACCAAGGAUCUAGUGUGCUCAGAAAUGAUAUAGAAUACCAAACUUACAUGCACCUACGAUAAGAAUAAGAACAUAAUAAUAAUUAGCGGAUACUUCGGAAGUAUAGAUGAGGUUAAAUCUUAUCAGUCUGUUUCAAUCUAAGUUCUUGGAGUCAACAAUUCAGUAUCUGAAGGUUCUGGCAAUAUGACUAUUAAGAUCUAUAACAGUGAAAAGAUUUAUGCCUAGAGCAGCACUGAUUUUAUCUUAAAAACUAUGCGUACUUCAACAGAAUGUGAUGGCUCUUGUAGUCUCUGCACAAUUUAAAAAGAGUGUCUCAGCUGCUCUUAACCUUCAGAUUCUCCACUAUUCUAGAAUGGAAAAUGUAUUUCAGAAUGUAAAUCUGGUUACUUUGAAUCAAAUAACACUUGCCUUCCAUGUUCCAUUAACUGUUAAUCUUGCCAAUCAUUUGACUAGUGCCUUUUAUGUUAGAAUUCAAAUUAACUACUGGCGGAUGGUAAAUGUAUCACUAAUAGUAAAUGUCCUAAUGGAACGAAACUUAACUAUCUUGGCUAGUGUGUUUAAGAACUAAACUGUUAGGAUAAUUGCACACAAUGUGGAGUUAACACUAAUUACUGUUACAUUUGCAAAGAUAAUAUGAUAUCUCUUAAUGGCAAAUGCGUUUUGAAAUGUCCAGAGUCAUACUUUGAAAAUUCUAAAAGAUAAUGCGAGAAAUGUAAAUCUAUUUGUGAUCAGUGCUUGGACAGAGCUGAUAUGUGUACCAAAUGUAAAGAUGAUGUAUUUUCAAACAAUAAGCUAGAUCUACAAAAGCAUACUUGUGUAAAGGAGUGCUCAAACGGCAGUAUCGAUAGUGAAACCAAUUCAAAUCAAUGUGAUGCUUGCGGUUCUAAAUGCUUUGAGUGCUCUAUCAGUAAAGAUAACUGUACCUCAUGCUAUUAUGAUAAGAGCAAUCUUGAAGAUCUAUUCAAGUAUGGCAAUGAUUGUACUAACAAAUGCCCUGUUGGGUUUUACAAUAACUAUGAUAACCAUCAAUGUGAGGAGUAGACAUUCUAGCUACUAUCUUUUCCGCCUAUGUACUUGAUUAGUUCUGUGAGUCUGUCGCUAAUUACACUGGCUGUCAGCAAAUUUGCUGCUGCUAAGACCGAUGCUACUGGAGAUAUAGCUAUUUCAUUGGCAACUCAAAUUGAAUUCCUGAACAGAUUAUUUUUAUUGGGCAAUUUAUGGUCAUCUACAAAGACUUUUAGCUUCUGUGUUACUAGUCUUACAAUUCUUGGAAACUCAUUUAUUGCUAUUUAUUUCGCCACACUCGUGAUUGAACCCAUUAGCACCUAGCUAAAUAAUGCAGUAAAAGCAGACUCAUUGAUUUUUAAAGGAAUUGUUGUGCUCUCAUAGAUUACAGGAAUCAACACAAUUAGGCUUUUGACCUCUAGAUUUUUUGGAAUGGAAGUUUUCUCUACAAAGUUAGAUGAAAUAGUUUAUUAUGUCAAGCAUUUAGAGACAAUAUCUUUGAUCAGCACAGUUUUAAAUGUAUUCUAGCUAUUUACUGGGGUUUCAUGCAUCUUUGAUUUUGCUUUUGCUUAAGACUCAAUGGGAUUAGGAGUCAAUAGUAUAAUUUUGAAUACAGGCCUAGUUGCUGCUCAGACUUUUAAAUAUAUAAAGUCUAUGAAUCUUAUUAGGUCAUACGGAAAGGUAUCAUAAAUGUGA